GAUUUCGCGGCGAGGGGCGGAGCUUGGCGCGCCAGUGACUCGGUCUCCAGGCACCGGGAAUAACAGAAGCCAGCUGAGAGCGCCUGCGCGGCUGUCGGUUGAGGGGGAGGUCAGGCGUCAGUCCAGGCCCUGAAUGGCUGGUCUCCAGCGGUUGGCGUCACAUCUGCCUGUGGGCGUUAUGCUCCCACAUAAUACAACAGAAGCUCCAGGGCCCCACUCAGCCAAGCAAGACUCUUACGAACAAGGUGACUCUUCCUAGCAGUCCUUGAAGGGGCACCUGAGGAACAAUUUCCAGAAGCAGCUUUUGAGCAACAAAGAGUUGACUCUGGAUAAAGUCUAUACUCACCCCAAAUGGAACACCCACACAAAAGCCCGGAGCUACUCCUAUCCCCACUGUACUGGAAUCAGCCAGCAAGAUCCAGAAAGUGAUUCCCAGGGCCAAGGAAAUGGUUUGUUUUACUCGUCAGGCCUUCAAUUCUGGUAUCCCAAAGCCAAUAACCAGGACUUUAUCCCCUUUACAAAGAAACGAGUUGGAGUGGACCGGGCGUACCCACUGAAACCCGUGGUCCACAGGAAGUCGUGCAGUACAGGUGAGGCUGGCACUGAUGGGGACCAUAAUGUCUACCCAAGGCCCCCUGAGCCGAGAGAGUUUUUAUCCAGGAACUUUGGUGUGAGGAACCAGGUCAACUUUUCUGUGGCUGGUACUGUUCUUGCUGCCAUGCAGGUGGAGAAGGCCGUGGCAAACUUUGACAGGAUGGAAUGGGUGCAGAUCCGAAGACUAGAAGCUGCAGGGGAGAGCUUAGAGGAGGAAAUCCGAAGAAAGCAGAUUCUCCUGAGGGGAAAGCUGAAGAAGACAGAGGAGGAACUCAGAAGGAUCCAGACGCAAAAGGAACAGGCCAUGGAAAAUGAAAACAGAGAGCUACAGAAAAUUAUACUCCCCAGGAGCAGAGUUAAAGGUAAUAACAGCAACACCAUGUACAAACCUAUCUUCUCCCCAGAAUUUGAGUUUGAGGAAGAAUUUAGUAGAGACAGGAGAGAGGAUGAAACUUGGGGACGGUCUCAACAAAAUUCAAGUCCAUUCCAGCUCUCUGAUUAUAGAAUCCAGAGGCUCAAAAGGGAAAGGCUGGUAGCAAGCAAUAACAAAAUUCGAGACCGAGUCUCAGAGCCGUCGAUGGAGAAGUUCUCCCCGCCUUCAGAAACACCAGGUGGUGCUUUGCAGGGAUCCGCCAGAAAUUCCAGCCUGUCCAUGGCACCAUACUCCUCAGAUUCCAGCGGCUCCAUUGAAGAGCCACAGAUGGGUGAGUGCAGCCACUGUGGGCGCAAAUUCCUCUUGUUCAGGCUGGAGAGACACUCCAACAUCUGCAGCAGGAUGCAGGGUUCCAAGAGGAAAGUGUUUGACUCUUCCAGGGCCCAGGCUAAGGGCACAGAACUAGAGCAGUACUUGAACUGGAAGGGGCCAGCUUCAGCCCAGAGUACUCAAGAACAGGUGAUUUUCCUGGUAUCCUUUAAUCUUCACGUAACUUUCAGCAGACGUGCACCCCAUCUCUCUCCUGGACUGCUGAACCUCCUCAGAAGAGCAACUGGAGACAGAAGCAUGAAUCUUUUAUCCAUACGCUCCGCCAGGCUCGAGAGGUCCAGCAGCAGCCUGAAAUGAGCCUGAGAAGGCAUAGCAAGAGACAGGAGGAAAGCCAAGAGAACACGCUAUCACAGAAGGCAAGUGAAGACAAAGCUUCAAGAAGGAGGGAGUGGUCAACUAUUUCAAAUGCUGCCGAGAGGUCAAGCUAGCCUUAAAGUAUGCUGGCUUGGAACACACACCAGAACUGCAGAUGGAUUUCUGAUGGAUGAAUCACCUUCAGCAACCCCAGCAAGUUCUCAUUAAAUGUUUACCCUAAAGUAUAAUUUGCCAUAAUUUAAAACAGAGAAAUAUGGAAGAAUUAUCACCAAUCCAGACAUAGAAGUACUCAAGAGUAACAGAACAUACACCUAAAAUGGUUUCUGCUAGCCUUUAUUUGAGAAAAUUUACACAAAAAUCCCCAAUCCAACAUUUACAAGUGAAUCUGUAUAAACCCCAUAUGCCUCUUUCCCAAACAAACCGAGAAAUGGCUUUAUGACAGGGGUCCAUGACAAUGGUAUAACAAGGCUUACUUAAACUGCAUCAUUCUCAUUUAUAUUAUACAGACCAUUUUGGAUAAUAUGCUCAAAAAUGGAGGAAAGCACAUAACACCCCUGAUUUUAAAGCUUAUUUGCUCUUGUAUCAGUCUUUUGUCAAAGGCAAAUACUUUUACUUUUUAGAUGAAACCAAAAUGUAAUAUCAAUUAACUUUUAAACCAAAAGCACAAAGUGUCCCAGUUGAUAGUUUUGGCAUGAGUAAAGGGAAGGGACAUGAAAGAAUGUCAACUCCUACAAAGCUUAAGUUUGGGGUCACAUUUGGGAACAAAAGCAUCAACGAAAUAAAAUAUUCUCUUCUCCUAUCUUCUUGACAUUUUGUCACAUCAGAAGAACAUAA